AUGUCGGGAUACUCCUAUUCAGGACGCAGCCAUGGUGCUGGGGGAUCCGUUGGAAUUGCGAAUUUGGCCGGGGUCGCUGAUCCGCGCUACUUUGUGUUCCGUGAGCCCGGCAUCCGGACCACUGUAUCCUGUUCUAAGGAUCCGUCAUCCAAUUUUGCGUUUAGCUGCAGGCCCACGUCCGGAGGCGUGACUUGCCAGGCUAACACGAUACGUACUCUCCCAGAGGGCCGAUCCGCAUUGAGCGGGCCAACCUUUGGCGGCAACUGGAUAAAGAGCGCGCCGUUGGCCGGCGACAUCAUGACCUGGGGUAACGCCUAUGAAAACCGGACAACGUGGUUUUCCUUGGCAGCAGCAGGGUGCGCUGAUGUUGGCAGUAACUGCGACCUCUAUGGGUUCGCUGAAUUCGACAAAGCCCAGUGCCUGCUUUCGUUCGAAGGAGCUGAGCUAGAAGUGGGCGUGAAUGUCACGUCGAGGAUGAUUACAGUCACGCCUGUCGCCAAGGCAGACUGGCCGUCAUAUGGCGAUGACCUUCUCGAGGAGCUGGCGGCAGAGCACAACUACAUCAGCUAUAAUGACGGGACCUGGAGCGGAUCCCAGAUGGGACAUGCUCUCAGGUCGAACCUCGAUUCAUUCGAAGUCCUGAGACGACAAUUGACAAACGAAGCCAAGGGUGAAACCACAAUGCUACGAAGCCUAGAGGAUUUCUUUGGAGACCUCAUGGACAAUAGUCUGAUUGCUUAUGCUCAGUCGAAAUAUUUGGCCGAACACUCGGAGCAGGUUGUUCAGGCAACGGUGACGAGCGUCUGCGGGGGCAGAGGGCUUGCCUCAUACGUCAAGAUGCACAACGCCCAGGCGCUUGAAAACGGCGAGGACUCGAGGUCAGGGGUGAGUGCAGCGGCGGGAGAAACGAGGUUGAGAGUGGAAACGGCAAACGGGGGUACGAGCGCGCUGGUUCUCGAAGAGUACGUCACGGAUGUUUUCGGCAACGAUAAGAUUGUCGAUCGAAGCAGCGAGACCGUGUACAUAGAGGCUGGACGGUCACUCAUGAAAUCCUCUAAUAUGAGAGGCAGCGCUGAGCAGAGAUAG